UGUAUGGUUGUAGCUGUCGUUAUAUUACAUCAAUAAAAUAAUUGUCAAAAAAUAAAAAUAAACCCAAGUGUCUUUUAAAACAUUACACGAGUUUCUUCUAUAUUGAUGAAGUUUUGUUAUAGGUAAAAGAUGGACAUAAGCUUAGAAUAGGGAACAAUAAAUGGAUGAAAACUUGCAAUACAAGGUCAGCUGUACACGAGUCAUCGCGGCUUCCACUGCCGCCGCCAGAGAUUCACAAAACGAACUGCGUUCAUUCGAUGUAUGUUUUUAAACAAUCGUCCGUCCUCAUUAAAAACGGUUUAUUUUAAUAAAAUCCAAGACUUAAAUAAUAAAUUAAAAAAAACUAAACGUUUAUUGAACUUUUUUCAUCGAUAUAUUUUAAAUAUAAGUGUAAUAUAAACAAUUCUUCAACCAAUAAACUUUAGUGCAGAGUGACAAUAUAACGGGCAAAAAUCAGUUGUAGUUUGCGUAAAUACAAUUUUAAAAGGCGUUAUUUAAGCUAUUUUUCAUGGCAAUGGUCACAUGACCGUUAGCAAUGAUCGGAAGAUGGUUUGUUGGGUUUUCAGUGUUUGUUGGGUAUUUGUGUUUAGGAGCUUUUGUUUUUUACCGAAUAGAACGCAGGGAAGAAGAAAGACGACACGCCUUUGAAAAAUUGGAGCAGCUCGAACUAGCAGAACUUCUUGCAAAGCAUUAUAAUCAAAAUAAUGCCUACAUACAGAAGCAAUUUAUACAACAGCUGAACAAAUUUUGCAAUAAGACUGUUUUAGAAGAUAUAACUGAAGAAACACACCAAUACCAAUGGACGUAUUAUAAUGCUUUUUUCUUCGCUUUGACCACAUUAAGUACCAUUGGAUACGGAAAUCUUCAUCCAACAUCAUGUACCGGACGUAUACUUGUUUUAGUGUAUUCUUUAAUAGGAAUACCCCUCAAUGGUAUUGUUUUAAAUCAACUUGGAAGUUUUUUCGAAUCCAGAAUCCUUCGUGCACAUUACAGUUACAAGACGCAAAGGAUGAUGGGCCCUCAGCUAAGUCUGAUAGUCGAUAUAAUAUCUUAUCUGAUACCGGGAAUAAUAGUAUUCAUUUUAGUUCCUUCGGCUGUCAUAUCCCAUUUUGAACAAUGGGAAUUUGACGAAAGUGUUUACUUUGCUUUUGUCACAUUAACUACCAUUGGGUACGGCGAUUUUGUAGCCGGACAGACUGUGAAUACGAAUAUAUGGUACAAUGCAUAUAAGGUAUUCUUAGUAUUUUGGAUAAUGUUUGGACUGGGUUAUUUAUUCAUGAUACUUAGUUUCAUAUCACGAGCAAUGCGCUCUAAAACAUUAGAACAUAUAUUCCUAGAACGAGUCAAACAAACGCAUUCUAAAAUAUGGAAUCAAUUUACUAAAGAUGUUGUCUAUAUUAGACGUGUACUCAACGAAUCAUAUUUAAUGAAGUUUAAACCUGUGUAUAAAAGAGAAGUAAUAAUGAGCCAACCGUUAAGACGGAGUAGAAGUGCCCCAAAUCUUACAGAAUGGCCUGUACUUCGAAAAUUAUCAUUACCAACAGUUGAUAAGACUUCAGAAGAAGAAGACGAAGAAGUAGUUCGAAAAAGAUUUGAAAAACACCGAAUGAAACGUAGGCGAGCUCUUUCUCAAAACAAGAUGCGUUCGUUAAUAAGACGAGUAAGAGCUACAUCUGAAAUCGACCUUGCUCAUAUUGAUAAGGAGGCUACAUUUGGAGCUGAUAUAGCUUCUUAUGAACUUUUGUCGAGAGUAGUUGAUGCUCUCGAAACAGCUGUACCCAACAAACCUGAUGUUCAAGAUCACUACGCGGUUAGUAAUAAUACCAAGAAAAAAGCCAUGUCGUUUUCAGAAGGUAUUCAAGGAUUCUCGUCCCAAGAGAUACUGGCAUCUGAAAAAAAUGAAUGGACAAUUGGUGGUGACAUGAUUAAUAGAGAGACCACAUUUUCUGAAAAACACUCUCGAAGUACAUACUUUGAGUACGAUACAUGGGCUGGAGCGGAUAAUCGAAGUUACAAAAAAUUUAAUAGUUAUCCAAUGAAAAUAAAAUGCCCAAAAUUGCCCAAAGAAACCGGCACUAGUGUUAAUCGGGCUAGUGGUUGUCCACCAAAGCCGCGAGUGCCACGAUUACGCCGCAUGUCAGCAGCAGCAUUCAACUUCUUGUCGCACAACAUUGCUCCCAGAUGGUUAUCAGACAAACUUAGUGACAAAACUGAUAGGCAUAAUGGUCAGAUGUUUGCUGCGGUUGCAGCUAAGAAAAACAGGCGUGAAUGGACUAAUAAUCCAAAACAUCGGUUAUCGUUAAACGAUGACGGAAAUUGUAAUUUUUAUGGUUCAACACUAAAUGGCAAUGUGGACUACAGACCAUUCUCCUCUGACCAUGAUACGUUUUACCCGUCGUCAGAAUCACGAUCCCGACGGCAAUCGAGUCCUGACCCUGUGCUUACACACUGUGCAAAUACUAUUGCGGUAGCUGAUUUCCUAUACACUCUGCAACGAUCACUGAAUAAAUCAUCAUCAUUAUUUCCUGAUCAGAAAAAGGUCAACCAUGAAGAACGCCGAUCUCCGUUGUUUACCCUGUUUCAAGAUAGGAGGCAAUCGUUAUCUGGUGAUUCGUGGCAAUACUCUUCAUUAGCGUCUACGGUAUCAACCAGUACAACUUCAACAGCACCCGCAGCUAUUCCAACAAUAAAGAUCCAGGAUAUGUCGGUUAACAAUGCGGAAGUAGUCAACAUGCAAGAAUUGGCAAAACCUAAAAAGAAGCGUAUUAGAAGGUUUUCUAUUAGGCCUACUGUAACAGAACCGGCGCAACAAAAUGCAGCUGGGAAGAACAAUGAUGUUCGUUUGAACAUUGAAGACUGAUGACUCGUAACCAGCUAUUAAAUUUUUUUUAUAAUUAAUUAUUAUUACCAUUUUUACUAUUAAUUUUACUCGGCAACAUUUCGCUUUAAAAAUUGUUACCAUUUUUUAAAAAAUUUUUUAAUAGUUAACACAACUUUUAGCCAGGCUCUAUGUGAUUGUGUUAAAAGCACAUGCGAGUCAUUGUAUGUGCAAUCGUUAUUUUUUAAUUUAUUAUUUUUAUUAUUAUUGUAAGUCUUCUUUUCUCUUGAAAUACUUUUGUUUACGACAAUAUUUAUGUAUUGCAUAUACAAAUCGACCCGACACUACUAUUGUGUGUUCGAGUUAACUGUACAUAAAUUUAUUUAAAAAGCAUUGUACAAAUAAAAUUCUUAAAUGUUAAUGCGUACAGUAGUAUUUAACUAUCAGUAAACGCAUUUUUCUUAUCAACUACAAUUAUGAUGAAAAUAAAAGGGGUGACGAUAUAA